UCCAAGGCUGGAAGGUUAAGCGCUCACUCUCAUGGAAAGUCGACUCGAUUCUGUCGCCGUCCUCCGCUGUGCCGUGCCCGAAGCGAAGCAUGCCGGGCUGAAGCGGGUUGGGGGGGGGUCUGCUAGCCGGGGGCUGUGGGUUUGACAGGGCACGAUGAAGCCAUGGCCACUCCGCUUAGACGCGCGCUGACAAACGGCCUCUGCCCGCCAUGAGUCUGGAGUGGCUGCCGACCAGUUGCUGCACGGGCUACCCCAGAUGGCACCGGUGCAGGCAGGCUGAGGUGGCCAUGGUGGGGGGCUCAGACGGCUGCAGGGAAGGCGACUGUCGGGGGGCCAGGAUCCAGCUGAGGGGGCUGGACACUGAACAUCUGAAAGGCAGCCUGGUGGUCCUCUACGCACCUGCCGGGAACUCCUGUCUCCUCAGAUUGAGCUCAGGGAUGGAGGAGAUGGUCUGGGAGCAGUACACAGUCACUCUGCAGAGGGACUCCAAGAUGGGUUUUGGCAUCGCUGUUUCAGGGGGGCGUGACAACCCUAACGUGGAGAAUGGCGAGACAUCAAUCAUUGUAUCUGACGUGUUGCAGGGAGGACCGGCAGAUGGAUUACUCUUUGAGAGUGACCGGGUCAUUCAGGUCAACUCCAUCCCCAUGGACAAUGUGCCUCAUUCCUUUGCUGUGCAGUCACUGCGCAAAUGCGGCAAGGUGGCCAAGAUAACGGUGAAGAGACCCCGUAAGGUGGCCGUCCACUCCCUGAAGCAGCCAUCCUCCCCAGGCGGAGACAGCCCGGAUUACCCUGCUUCCACCCACUACUAUGACGCGGACCAUGACAAUGGCUGGCACCGUGAUGAGAUCCGAGACCACCCCUCUGACAGCAAGGGAUACCUGGACCCUGAAUACAGGGGAGGGCGGGACUACAACCCGCGAGGGAGAAGCCGGGGCAGGAGCCAAGAGAGCACCUCCCCCAGCCCAGACAGAGCCAGGAGAGAGGGGAGCCGCAGCCGAGCCCUGGACACCAGUUCUGAACGCCAAAGGUACCGCAGCCGAGGAAGGAGCCCUGGGGAAGCCUAUCACCCGGGGGAUAGGUAUGAGCGAGGAGGAGGAGGAGGAGGGAGGUACAGGAGCAGGGACCGGCUUCAGGACAACCCUCCAUCCCCAGAGCCCUCCAGAGAUCUGGAGCCACUUGAGAAACCUGUCAAUGUCCUGCUGGUGAAGAACAGACCCAACGAAGAGUAUGGCCUACGUCUGGGCAGUCAGAUCUUCAUCAAGCAGAUGACUAGCACAGGCCUGGCUGCCAAGGAUGGUAACCUGCAGGAGGGAGACAUCAUUCUCAAGAUCAAUGGGACGGUGACAGAGAACCUCUCCCUGAAUGACGCUGGGAAGCUGAUAGAGAAGUCAAGAGGGAAGCUGCAGCUGGUGGUCCAGAGAGACCGCCGCCAGAUCCUCGUCCGCAUCCCGCCCCUCGUAGACUCCGACUCUGAAAACGACGACAUCUCUGAGAUGGAGUCAUACCAUUCCUACUCUCCACCAGAGGAGAGGAGGUCCCGCCAGUCAGACCUGUCCUCCCACUCGUCUAAUGAAAGAGACAAUCCCAGGGAAGAACCCAUCAGGGUGGCCAAAAUGUCUGCCAUGGCCUCCCCAUUCAGAGUACCAGAAGACCCUCAGGCCUCAGCUGAACUGGACCGAGAAGUACCACACAUAGAGGAGCCUCCAGUUGCUGUCACAACAACACCCAAGAUUCUCCUCCGCCCCAGUCCAGAAGAUGAAGAAAUAUAUGGACCCAACACUUUGAUGGUGAGUUUCCAGAAGGGAGACAGUGUAGGACUGAGGCUGGCAGGGGGAAAUGACGUUGGCAUCUUCAUUGCUGGUGUUCAGGAGGGCAGUCCCGCCGAGGAGGAGGGCCUGCGAAUUGGAGACCAGAUCAUAAAGGUGAACAACGUAGAUUUCCAAGGCAUUGUGAGAGAGGAGGCAGUGCUCUUCCUGUUGGAAAUUCCUAAAGGAGAGGACGUCACCAUCCUGGCCCAGAGCAAACCUGAUGUCUAUAAUGACAUCCUGGUGUCAGGGCGUGGAGACUCUUUCUUUAUCCGAACCCACUUUGAAUAUGAGAAGGAGACUCCUCAGAGCCUUGCCUUCAGCCGUGGGGAGAUCUUCAAGGUGGUGGACACCCUCUACGAUGGCAAGUUGGGCAACUGGUUGGCCAUCCGCACUGGCAAGGACAAGCAGCUGCUGGAGAAGGGGAUCAUCCCCAACAAGAGCAGAGCGGAGCAGAUGGCCAGCGUCCAGAGCUCCCAUAAGGCCAGUCCAGGCGACCGAGCUGACUUCUGGCGGCUGCGGGGCCAACGAGCGGCAAAGAGGAAAGACCUGAGGAAGAGCCGAGACGACCUGAGCAGCCAGACCCUGGCCACUCGCUUCCCAGCCUAUGAGAGGGUGGUGCUCCGAGAAGCUGGUUUCCGGCGUCCUGUCGUGCUGUUUGGCCCCAUUGCUGAUGCUGCCAGUGAGAAGUUGGCCACUGAGAUGCCAGACCAGUUUGUUAUUGCCAAAACUGAGCCAAAAGAUGCUGGCUCGGAGAAAUCCUCAGGAGUUGUUCGCCUCAACACCAUCCGACAAAUCAUUGAGCAGGACAAGCAUGCCCUGCUAGAUGUGACUCCUAAGGCAGUGGACACCCUGAACUACACCCAGUGGUACCCCAUUGUCAUCUUCUUCAACCCUGACAGCAAGCAGGGCAUCAAGGCCAUGAGGCAGAGGGUGAUCCCCAGCUCUAACCGCAGUGCCAGAAAACUCUAUGAACAGGCUGUUAAACUGAGGAAGACCUGCUCUCAUUUAUUCACUGCCACCAUAGAUCUGAACUCAGCCAAUGAUGCCUGGUAUGGUAGCGUCAAAGACUCCAUCAGAGAGCAGCAGAUGCAAGCUGUCUGGGUGUCUGAAGGCAAGCUGGAGGGGGUAGAGAGUGAUCUGGACUGCCAGGAUGUGGAGCGUCUGUCCUUCCUGUCCGCCAUGUCAACUGACUACCUCAGCAUGGACAGCCGGCUGACCUCUGACCUGGACGACACCGCCGACGAGGGCGGGGCCUACACCGACAACGAGCCGGACGGGGAGACGUCCCACAUCUCCGCCAUCAGCCGCUCAUCUGAACCUGUCAUGGCUGAGGAGAUCUUGCGCAGGUGCAGUCCGGACAUCCGGAGUCGGGCCAAAAGGAUCAGCAGCCGGGAGGUCCUCAGCAGAGUAAGCCCUCCACCCGCGUUCCUACCAGAUACCCCCAAGGUGAAGCUGGCUCUGAGAGAGGAGGCAGUGCUUACAUCAGGCGCCACUCACCCACAUCACCACCAGCGUCAGCAUCACCCUCCACCCCCCAGCACCAGCCGAAGUUACGACUCCCCGUCCAGCAGCAGUCCCGCGAGCAGCAGCAACAACGAUCCUCCACCCAUUUCCCGCUCGACUCCCUCCUCCGGCCCACCGCCCCUGCCCACAUCUCACCCCCUCAACUCCUUCGGCAAGCCCAGGCUCCUUGGAGCGCCCCCACCCCUCGUCGCGCUCAAGCCCAGGGGCUGCGGGGCCCCAGCAGACGUCCCGGCUCACUCAUCCGUCACUCCUCCCACUGCAACCGUGGCGGCCCAUAAGCAGCAAGUGGAGGUGGGGGAGGAGAGCCCUGUGGAGGACCCGUCCAUGCAGUCCUUCCUGGGGAAGAUCAAGGCCUUUGAGAAGAUGGAUCACUUUGCUCGAGCCCAGAGGGUGCUGGAACUGCAGGAGGCCCAGAAUGCCAGGCUGGAAAUUGCUCAGAAGCUCCCGGACAUCUAUGCUGUUCCCCUGAAGACCCCCAAGCUGGAUCACAACCGCCCACAGCCUAUCGGCUCCAGCUCCAGCUCCCGUCCUGAACCCCAAACGCCUUCAUCGUCCAAGGAGGGCCACCCCUUCUACCGCAGUGAGGAGGAGGAAGAAGAAGGGUACCCCACCAAGCCUGGAUACUACACCGCCAACUCUCACCAAUACCAAGACACUGAAUUGUAGGCUUACCACAUAUCACCAGUGGUAACCCUCAACCUUCUUGGAUAUACAUGUACAAAAACAGAUAUAUAUUUACACACACGCGCACACACAUGACACACUCUCACCAUUCCACCAGUCCCUGCACCAGUCGGCUGCUGACUUGGAAGCAUUUCCUGCUUCUUUUGUAAUUCUUUGGAAAAAAAAAGUAACUUUCUUUUUUGCUUCAAGGAAGUCAAAGCAAUCUGUACUAUCCAUUUUGGAUAGGACCUCGCUGUCUCCACUCAUUUGCUUUUUGAAAAAGUUCUUUCUCUUUCUAUAUUUGUUGUUUUUGAGUUGUAUUUAAUUGUUUCUUUUUUUACUUUAAUUGUCAAAACUGAGUGAUCAGGAACCACUUCUUUUUCUCGCCUAUGCAACUCUUUCAGUUUGUGCACAGCAACUGAAACCUCUCGCCACGAGAAAUGCCCUAAUUCCCCCUGAGAGAAAACCUCAACAAACACACAAUAUGCGCGUUUCACCUCGAUACAGUCCUUUUUGUAUCUAAUAUAAUCGCCAGCUCUGAACAAAAAAUUGCAUAUAUAUUAUUACUGUAUUACUCUAUAUAUUAUAUAUCUAAUGUCAAGUGUUUAUACUUCUCUCUCUUUGCAUUCCUUCCUAUAUUACAAUGCCUGUGUAUACAUACAGUAUAUAUCUAUAUAUUGACAGAGACAAAGAGACAUUCUAUAUAGUAACACUGGAAUUUGUUACAAUUUUUUGAAGUGCCUUUUACUUUUCUUAGUCCCAUGAGGUUUGGGUUGUCUUUCCUCCACCCCUCAGCCGCCCAGCCGGACUAAAACCUCUGCUGCUGUCAAGCUUAAAGGGAAACCAGGGAACCAGUGACACCAAAACCUUAAUGCUGUCCCCUCACACUGUACUGUCUGCUGUCACUUCCAGUGCCAACACACCCAAACACAGACAAGUGAAGACAAUACACAUCCCACAGCUAGCCCUAUCUGCCAUGUCCAGGAACGGGCUGCUGUCAACCAAAAUCGAUUUUAAUUAAGAAAAAUAAUAAUAAUGCAUUGACAACAUUUGGAUUGAGAUAAUCAGAGCAGGUUAAAGUAGUAAUCUGCAACUUUUUUCUUUUUCCUUUUUUUCUUUCUUUCUUUCUUUCUUUUUUUUUCUUUUCUUUUUUUUUUUUUUGCUCAUCUUUGGUGCUCACCUGUCAUUGUUAUGGUGUUUCUUCCACCACAAUUUCCAGUGACCGAGACAGUCAAAACAGUGUGGCCAAUACUGUGACAUCUUUUUCCUUGGAUUUUCCAUGAAUUUCUGUAGGUGGCGCUCUUCUCUGUUCAUGCUAACAACCCAGUUCUUCUUUGCUAUUUUUUUUUUGGCCAUUUGUUUGUUUGUUUGUUUUCCCAAACAAUCCAGGGACAUAAAACGUAUCACUUCCUGUGCAGCAGAGGAUUUUUCCCAGGAAAGACCUACCGGACACCAGAACAGCACAUCUAAAAGUUGUCAUGAACUGGCUACAGGCUGAACCACUAUUGUGUUAUAUCAGUUAGCCAUAAAAAAAGUAGCAUUUAUUUAUAUGAAAAUUUCGCGGAUUAUUACUUUAAACUUUCAAGGGUGUGUGCUAGCACAGUGGGAAAAUAGAGGUAGCCCCAGGGUCAUAGGUCCAGUCUGUGCAGCAGCCAAUGAGUUGUCCAUCCACAGUUUUCACAUCAACUAAAGAAAUAGUCGCAGUGUUCUUCAGAGUGUCAUCUUAACUUCUAAGAUAUAUAAGUAAUGAUUGUUUUUUGCAGGAAAAAAGGAAAAUGCACUCAAUUAUUACCGGAAGGAAACUCAUUUGCUGUUUUACAGGGUGAAACCUCUGAGAAUGUUAGAAAAUGACCCACAUUUUUCAACCCACUGAAAUGGGGUCAUGGGUUUUGUUCCACUGUAUCAGACUGAGUCAGAGUGUGUGUCUGUUGACCGGGUGUUGGUGUCUGUGGUGGAGACUGUGGUGCAAUCAGUUGUCUCUGGUCUGGCCUCCACCAUUCAUGUGUUUCUACAUGUUAAAUAUGCUUGAUUGUAUCUCAGUUCACUUUACCUCCACAAAUGAGUAACAAAGUGCUAACAGGCUGGAUCUAAGUGCUUACGAUCAGGUUCGAAAGUCCGUCAUGGAGAACACUGUGUUAUGCCAGAGGGUUAUGUUAUAAAUGACAGAGCGAGAAUGAGAAGAAUGAUUGGACUGCGUCUGCUUGAGUUUUUCCGUGCAGUUUCACCUUACAACACCAAAUAAAAGAAACAGACUUA